GGCGCUACACGUCACUUCAACUCCAGUCACCGACAGACGCAUCUCGGCGCCCGUUGGUAUACGGGGCUCCAAGACACACACAUACACACAGAGACACACACACACGCACAUGCGGCGGUCCUUGACUGAGGAAAGCAUCGACGACCCUCUGCACACUCUGUGGUACCCCAUCACAUUCUUUUAGAGACUUGUUUCGCCCUUUUUCUUCUGCGAGGAGACGGGUUUUUGCAGUACUAUUCGGGGCUUUCCAUGAUGCUCGGAGCAGUUAAAAUGGAAGGACACGAACAUACAGACUGGAGCACCUACUACGGAGAGCCCGAGUGUUACACCUCGGUUGGCAACAUGAACGGAGGCCUCGGGAUGAACUCCAUGAACACCUACAUGAGCAUGUCCGGCAUGGGCCCCACCGGCAACAUGGGGGCCAACUCCAUGAACAUGUCCUACGUCAACACGGGCAUGAGCCCCUCCAUGACCGGCAUGUCACCGGGCCCCGGGGCCAUGAACGGCAUGGGUGCCAGCAUGACGGCCAUGAGCGCCGCGCUGAGCCCCAGCAUGAGCCCUAUGACGGCGCAGCCCGCGUCAAUGAACGCCCUGACUUCCUACAACAACAUGAACGCCAUGAGCCCCAUGUACGGACAGUCGAACAUCAACAGGUCAAGAGACCCAAAAACCUACCGGAGGAGCUACACGCACGCUAAGCCCCCUUAUUCGUACAUUUCCCUCAUCACCAUGGCCAUCCAGCAGUCUCCCAGCAAGAUGCUGACGCUGGCCGAGAUCUACCAGUGGAUAAUGGACCUCUUUCCAUUUUACCGACAGAACCAGCAGCGCUGGCAGAACUCGAUUCGCCAUUCUUUGUCGUUUAAUGAUUGUUUCCUCAAAGUGCCCAGAUCCCCGGAUAAGCCCGGCAAGGGCUCGUUUUGGACCCUCCAUCCCGACUCCGGGAACAUGUUCGAGAACGGCUGCUAUCUGAGAAGGCAGAAGCGCUUCAAGUGCGACAAGAAGAUGCCCAAGGAGUCCGGGCGCAAGGCUUCAGAAGGCGGCUCUAACAGCAGCUCGGAGAGCUGCAACGGAAACGAGUCUCCGCACUCCAACUCGUCCUCUAACGAACACAAGCGAUCCAUGUCGGACAUGAAGAGCCAAGCCCUGAGCCCGGAGCACGCAGCCUCCCCGGUGUCCCAGGCGCAGCAUCUCAUGGCCCAGCAUCACUCCGUGUUGGCACACGACGGGCACCUUAAGCCCGAACACCAUUACUCAUUCAACCACCCCUUCUCCAUCAACAACCUCAUGUCCUCCGAGCAGCAGCAUCACAAAAUGGACUUAAAGACUUACGAGCAGGUGAUGCACUACUCUGGCUACGGUUCCCCCAUGACAGGAGCGCUUUCCAUGGGCUCCAUGGCGGGAAAAGCCGGCCUGGAUCCAUCGUCCAUACCCGACUCUACUUAUUAUCAAGGCGUCUACUCCAGGCCGAUCAUGAACUCCUCAUAAACUAUUGGCCCCUACAACUUCAAUGGACUAUUUGCCAGCGUUUGUAAAUUUGUAAAAAAAUAUAUAGUUUGUGUAUUAUAUGUAUUUGAAAUAUUUUUGACGUUUCUCACUGAUUUAGCAGUCGAGUUUGUUAGUAGCCUAAUUAUUUUAAGAAAGGAUGUUAAAAAUGUGACAAUAUCUGUUCAAGAGUCAGUUUCAGGAAUGGACCCAAAGACAACAACGAGCUGUAUAAUAGCCCACAUCUGCAUACUUUGAUUUCGAAAUGAAUUUUAAUGCCUUGCAGAAUUUCUUCAAUCACUUGUGUAAUUCCUAUUUAUGGCUUGUAUAUGUGUAUUCUUGUAGUGACAAGAACAGAAAAUAUAUAUUAAAGUGUUAUUGUUUUGUUCUCCUGAAUACGAUAUGCCUCUAUUAUUAUUAUUAUACUAUUAUUAGCAGUAUUAUAUGUAGUAUUAUUAUUAGUUAUGAGUAUUAUUGUUGUUAUUAUUAGUAUAUGAACUGAUCUGACAGUUUUAAAAAGAAUGACAUCCACGGAUAAAUGGGAGGUUUAUUAUUAAAAAAAUAUCAAUAGGCCUACAUAUAAUGGGCUAAUUUGUCUUAAAAAUAAUUCUGAGACAAAGAUUUGACAAAAAUGACAAAAUAACCAUGUGUUCUGACUGUUAGUUUAAGAAUUAAAACAGGCCUAUAUACGGCUCUUUGAUCUGACCAGGCUAACUGUUUGAUUAUUAUUACUUUGGUGCAAUUUAUAAUGCGCCCUUUGAGGAAAAUAAUCUUGAAGUCCUAUCGCCGGCGUGUCAAAACAUAAUUUAAAAUGUUCACAUUUAGAAGAGACAACUUUGUUUCUGCACCACUUUAGAUGUAAUGUAAGAUGUAAGUAAACGCUCAUCCGUGCCCGAAAUGUCUGCAAUGUCACACGAGAACCACUUCAAAACUGAUCACCUGAGAAAGAAAAACGAUCCCUAUGUUGACAUCUCAGGUCAGUCGCUCAGAUGACAACAACACAUAAUACUAAAGUAGGCUCGACGACCGUAAUAAACAUUUCACUCAAACGACCCAAAUUAAA